AUGUCGACCUCCCAUCGAGUCUUCGGCUCCAUCAGCGUCUUUUUGCCAUACUUGUUUCUUUACCUGGCGGUCAACGCCGAUCCCGGCUACAUCACGCCGGAGAAUCACGCCUAUUACAUGUCGCUCUAUCCAUACGACUACUCCAUCUUUCACCCCGGCCACAAGUGCAGCACCUGCGGCUUCAUCAAGCCCCCGAGAUCCAAGCACUGCAGUAUCUGCAAACGCUGCAUCGCAAAGUGCGACCAUCAUUGCAUCUUCAUUAACGGAUGUGUCGGCUACGAAAACCACAAAUGGUUCGUCCUGCUCCUCCUUUCGACUGCCAUUUUAACGACAUACGGUGGUGCUCUGGGCUACUCGAUCCUCACAGCCAAGAUCCGGGCUAGGUUUCCUGGAUGGUCCGUCUGGCCGCCAAGCUCGCUCAGCUGGGAGGACUACUUCCUCAUCUGGAGCUGGGGGCUUCAGGACGACGUCAGCAUGGGGGCUGUCACGCUGCUGUCGUCCAUGACGACCCCCUUGGUUUGGGGUCUGCUCAUCUAUACGCUGUGGCUCAUCUACUGCGGCACGACCACCAACGAAUCCCUCAAGUGGUCCGAGUGGAAGGAAGACAUGGACGAUGGACUUGCAUUCAAACGCAGCAUGUCGACCAACAGAAUGAAGGACCCCCUGCGCGGGUCGGCGACUUCGCGAUGGCCGCUCGACACCCAACAGGUCCUGGUGACGACCGAGAACGGCAUGCCGCCGGCCGCCGGUGGACCUGGACAGGGCGGGUGGGAACGCAUCUGGAAGAUGCGCGAUGUCGAGAAUCUCUACGACAUGGGGCUUUGGGAUAACAUGAUGGACGUCUUUGUGAAGGAUUAUGGGUUCGGGAAGCGGCGGGACCAACCUCCUAUUGAGGAUGAAGGCCGGCUGCGUCAGCCAUUGAAAGCCUCUCGGUUUUGA